AUGGGUUUGACAAAAGUUAUCCGUUCCGUUGCUGGCGUUCUCUCCUCCAAGAACAAUAAGGUCCCGAAUCAGAAGGACACCAGAAAGUCUAAGAAACUCACGAAGAGCCAGCGUCCUACCAAGACCUCCAACACGACGAAGACUACGAAGGCCAGGGACUUGGUUGGUUUCUUUACUGGCAGCCGAUCCAAGAAACAUGCCGCGGGCUCAGAUCGAACACUCGUUGGCUCUUCCAAUCCUUCAUCUGCAGGAGAGCUCACAUUCGAGACAUCUGUACAAGUCCCAGAGCACGCUGACUCCGACUACGGGGUCAAUAAUAAUGAUGCUGAUAUCACUGGUCCAUCAUUUACGGAUACAGUGUUGCCAAUCCUGAUGGCAAUUUCGAUUGAUGUGAAUCAGAUAAUCGUCGAAGAUACAGCUCCUUCCUCGACACAAGACAAUGCUCCACUCGAAGCCAUCGUCGACAUCAACGAGUCGAACAGCGGUAGUGAGCAGGCUGUCGAAGACGUGCAGACCUCUCACAACACGACAGUCCUUGACAACAAUGAUGCUGAUGAAUCUGAAGAUGAAGCUCAAAUAACAUGUUAUGCUUCAGUCACUUGGUGGACAGAGCAUCUUACUCUUGAAACUGUCGAGGUAACCGAACCAAUCGGAACCAACCCAACCCCUCAAGAACCGACCCCAGAGAAUUUCGCACCCAUAAUGAUUCCUGCGGGUGGCAACAAGCAAACCUCGGAAAAAGUUGGCGCUGGGUCAGUAUCGGACGACGGAUCAAUUAUUGAGGAUCCAUCAGCACCUGAGAAUGAACCUAAGUUCUCGAAUGAGCUGGACACUCCAGACGUCACUGCUCAGGAGACAGAGCAACCCUUAUCACCUGAGGAAAUAGUCGAAGAGAUCCUCCGCACAGAGGUAAUUCCACAUUACCAUCAAGCUAGACCAUUUCUUCCUCCUGGUAUCUCCAUUCCUUGGGGACCAUACAACCCUGUCCCGAUUCGAUUGGGAGAUUUCACAGCUAAUGAUCCGUUUAUUCUAACCGAAAGCUCUGAUCCAGUUGAGUACAGCAAACUCAAUGGAAUUCAGAGACGUUGGGGUAUGCUAGAAGAAGCUCACCAGGAGCGAAUUUUCUACAUCUGCCAGUACAACAUCGCCUUGAAUCACCAUGAGCAGCAGCCAGAACAUGUGAUCUAUGGGUUCGACAACUUCUGUAGUUACUUCGGUUGCAAGGAAUCAACUUGCAGACAUUCUCGACCAGCAGCAGGCGUUUGGAUGUGCCCUGGUCUGGCUAAUGUCGUACCUGAGUUGCACGACCUUCGAGCUGAAGAAAUGAAGCUUGUUAGAGAGAACGCUGACCGAAAAGCUGCUGAGCUGCAUGCUCUCAAUACUCAAAUGGAGAGGUUGAAACGUCUUGAAGCUCAGGUUCAAGCAACGGCGGCUGAGCGUAAAGCGGAUGGUGCUGCAGAACUCAAAAAGGCGCUUGCUCGUACCACAUCUCUAGAAACUGGGACAGCGCUUCAAGCUCACGAUGCAGUAUCUGAUGCUCCUGCCAAGCCGGAUCAAAAGGUUGACUUCGGUCUAAAGGAAAUUGAUCUAAUUGUCGAACCGAAGGUAUCUCGAUUCUCAAAAUUCUUCCAGCCACAGAAGGAAGAAGAGACCAUUGAGCAAGUCGAUCCCCGGGACUCAACUCCGGACAGUGACGAGCCCAAGGGAGAGAAUGAUACUUCUGCUGGUAGUGGAGAAGAUGAGAAAUCCACACCAGACACUAGCAUCGAGGGUCCACAAGCAGUCCCAGCACAAGAGGCAGCUUCCCAAAGUGAAGUUACAUCUCAACAUGAACCGGGUAAUGAUGUGUACGCUGCCACUUCUCCCGGGUUUUCAGACGUUUCCGCAAAUCAGGAUGAUCUAUCUGUGUACGAUGUCGAGGAUUCAAGGGAAUUUGACGAGGACAGAAUUUUGAUACUUGGGCGUAUCGAAGGUCCCGUUGAGUCAUAUGGCGUUGAUUCAACGGAAGUACUUGAUGAGGAAGGAUGGUUGAUGGUCAGGGAUAUCGAUCAUCUUGAGUUCGAAGAUGCAGCAGAAGUGUUUGAUGGCGAUGGAUGGUUGGUCGCUGAGCUUCUUGAACAUCCCAUUGUGGCAUACCUCCUAGAUGCUAUGGCAGAUGGUCUUGAAGCAGCCUCGGAUAUUCUCGGAGACAUGAGUUUUUAUGUCAAUGCUGUUGAUGCCGAAUACGAAUGGGUCAACUCAAGUUCCGAAGAAGAGGACGAAUGUGACGAUGGCACUGAACCAGAAGGUUCUGCUGAGUCCUGGGGCCGACAGCUCUUACCAGAGGUCGGCAAUGCCAGACUGGGAACUCGCAUUGUCACUGCAGCCAUUCCAACUACCUCUGCAUUGACUGGCGGUAUCGUCGAAAGAGAGGCACAAGAAGCAAUGGGCAUCUUCGAAGAAGCACAUCCAGGUCCCGAAGAUCAUCCUGAUGUGCGAAUGAACGGAGAGUUUUCUCCAAUAUUAAACGGCGAGCCCAACAUGCUCCACCUUUCGAAUAUGUUUAGGAACAUGGACCGUGUAAGGAACGAAGCUGCCGAGAAUUGGAAAAACAAUCCAAGCGAGCAAGAUCCCAAUGCGCCAAUGCGGGAAUACUUGAUAAUGCCUGGAUUUGAUGAUGAAGACGAGGACAUUGUGGAAUUGCCCCGAGAUGCAAUCGUAAAGAUGAAGGAGGCAGAGCAAAAGAUCUAUGCUAGUGGCAUGGCGUAUGCUCGAAAAGAAGUUGCUGAGGCCAAAGACGAGGGCGAAGACGUCAUGUUCACAACUGAGUUGGAACUAGUCAGGCCUGCCCUCAUCAGCAAUGUCUGGAAGCUAUUCAAGGUAGAGGAAGUCGCCUCGAAGUUAAACAUCACUCAUGAUGUAGCCGAGAUUGGGGAUGACGAUCCCUUUGCUUUUGACGAGAUGCAACCGACAUUUUAG